AUGUCGUCGCCGAGUCCGACGCUGGGGGGCAUCGCCGGCCGGUGGCGCGAGCUCCAGGGCUCGGGGUCGUGGGAGGGGCUGCUGGACCCGCUGGACCCGGACCUGCGCGCCUCUAUCCUCGCCUACGGCGAGCUCACCGAGGCCACCUACGACGGCUUCAACUCCCAGCGCCGCUCGCCGCACGCAGGCUCCUGCAUCUACGGCCACGCCGACCUGCUCGCCCGCGCCGGCGUCUCCCGCCCGGGCCUCUACGCCGUCACCAAGUUCUUCUACGCCACCUGCGGCCUCCUGCUGCCCAAGAUCACCAUGCCGCCGCCGCUCUUGUCCUCGACGUCCGUGCCGGACGCCUUCUUCGUUCUGCCGCUGCCGGCGCUUCUGGAGGAGCCGUGGAGCCGGGAGUCCAACUGGAUGGGCUACGUGGCCGUGGCCACGGACGAGGGCGUGGCUGCGCUCGGCCGGCGCGACAUCCUCGUUGCCUGGCGCGGCACCGUCGAGAGCCUGGAGUGGGUGAAUGAUCUGGACUUCACGCCGACGUCCGCCGCGCCGGUGUUGGGCCCUGCGGCGGAGGACAACGGGGGCGCCGUAGUGCACCACGGCUUCCUGUCGGUGUACAUGACCAGCGACGAGGACUCCAAGUACAACCAGGCAAGCGCCAGAGAUCAGGUCAUCGAGGAGAUCCGGAGGCUAAUGGAGGUGCACAAGGACGAGGCGACGAGCAUCACCGUCACCGGCCACAGCCUCGGCGGCUCCCUCGCCACCCUCAACGCCGUUGAUAUGGUCGCCCACGGCGUCAAUGUCCCGCCCCCGUCGACCUCCAACCAACCGCCGUGCCCGGUGACGGCAAUCCUGUUCGCGAGCCCGCACGUCGGCGACGACAAAUUCCGAUCUGCCUUUGCGUCAUUUCCGGACCUCCGCGCCCUCCAUGUGAGGAACUACGGAGACGUGGUGCCGCUGUACCCGCCGAUCGGGUACGUGGACUCGGCAACGGCGGUGCUGCCUAUCGACACGGGCCGGUCUCCGUACCUGAAGCAGCCGGGCACCGUGCAGACGCGCCACAACCUCGAGUGCUACCUACACGGCAUCGCCGGACACCAGUGCUCCGCUGGCGGGUUCCAGCUGGUGGUAGACCGCGACGUGGCGCUGGUGAACAAGGGCGCCGAUGCAUUGAAGGAUGAGUACCCGGUGCCGCCCAACUGGCAUGUGGUUAACAACAAGUGCAUGGUCAAGGGGCCGGACGGCCACUGGAAGCUCAGGGACUUCGAGGAAACCUAAUGGAGACUACGUCCAUAAAUAUGUAUUUUCCCUUUCACGUUUUUCAUAUGGUGGUUUGUGUAUA